AUGCGUUUCUUCGUCAUCGCUACUUCCAUGCUCGCCGCCGCUUCGGCCUUCUUGUUCCCAUCUGGAGGAGGCGGAGGAUGUGGAUGCGCUCCACCACCACCACCACCAUGCGGAGGAGGAUGCGGAGGAGGAGGUGGCUACGCCGCCCCACCACCACCAGCCUACGCUGCUCCAGCCGGAGGAUACGCCGUCGCCGGAAAAUAA